GCGAUGUACUCAGAGUUAAAGUACCUCCAACAGUAUCCUCUUUUGUCUUACAGGACCGGAAUCGGCCCUAUGAUGCAUUUAACUUGCACUCUUUGGAGAAUUCUUUAAUGGAUAUUAUGAGGAGUGACCAUGAGCCCCUCAAAGGUAAACACUACCCUCCCAGUGGCCCACCAAUGACCAUUGCUGAUAUAAUGUGGAGGAAUCACUUUGCAGGACGCUUGGGCCUUAACUUCCCUCACCCAGGAACAGAUAACCUUGUGGCACUAAAUAAUACAGGUUACAGGCCUACCCACUUUUUCUCUGUUUUACAUGCAGCAAGGACAUUUGGGCGACGAAGAGGUCGUUCUUCACUAUUUCCUAUUGAAGACGGUUUCCUUGAUGAUGGUCAUGGUGACCAGUCUCUGACAUCAGGUUUAAACUCUCCAACUCGCUGUCAGAAUGGUGAACGAGUGGAACGUUAUUCACGAAAAGUCUUUGUGGGUGGCCUACCUCCAGACAUUGAUGAAGAUGAAAUCACAGCUAGUUUUCGUCGAUUUGGACCUCUGGUGGUAGACUGGCCUCACAAAGCUGAAAGCAAAUCCUAUUUUCCACCUAAAGGUUACGCCUUCCUUCUAUUUCAAGAGGAAAGCUCUGUACAAGCUCUGAUAGAUGCAUGUAUUGAGGAAGAUGGAAAGCUAUACCUGUGUGUUUCCAGCCCCACUAUCAAGGACAAACCGGUUCAAAUUCGACCAUGGAACCUGAGUGAUAGUGAUUUUGUGAUGGAUGGUUCCCAACCUCUGGAUCCCAGGAAGACUAUCUUUGUGGGAGGAGUUCCCAGACCUCUCCGAGCUGUUGAAUUGGCUAUGAUCAUGGAUCGGUUGUAUGGAGGGGUCUGCUACGCGGGCAUUGAUACGGACCCUGAACUGAAAUACCCGAAGGGUGCUGGUAGAGUGGCUUUCUCCAAUCAGCAGAGCUAUAUUGCUGCUAUCAGUGCUCGCUUCGUACAGCUCCAGCAUGGAGACAUUGAUAAACGGGUGGAAGUCAAGCCAUAUGUCCUGGAUGAUCAGAUGUGUGAUGAAUGCCAGGGUGCCCGUUGUGGUGGGAAGUUUGCUCCUUUCUUUUGUGCCAAUGUUACCUGUUUGCAGUAUUACUGUGAAUACUGCUGGGCAAGCAUACAUUCACGUGCUGGAAGGGAGUUCCACAAGCCUCUUGUGAAGGAAGGAGGUGAUCGCCCACGUCAUGUUCCAUUUCGCUGGAGCUGAAGCGUCUUAUAGUCUACCAAGACAUACUGGAGUGGAGAGCGCUGCCUCAGGGCUGAGAGGGUUCUGGAAAUUGGUGCAUUCUUCCUCAGAUAAUGAAUGUUUUUGUUUGUGUUUUUUUUUGAAGUCACAUUACUGAACUCAUCCAAGAUUGUCUGGUAUAUAAAAUUUCAGAAUAAUUGUACUGAACCUGCACUUUGACUCUCAAACAUCUGCUUGGUACCUUUUUUUGUUUUGUUUAAUAUUGGACUUUGCAUUGUGAUUUAGGAGUCACAGCUGAUAUAUCAUCAGCUCAUGUAACUAUUUCCCAUGACAGGAGCAUGCACUUAUUUUCAGAAACUUAGACUUGCCCCUAGAAGACUUACCAAAGGUAACACACUGUAGGUGGCAUAUGUAGCAAAACAUUUUCCUCAGAUAUUCAGCAAUUAUACAUUUUGGAUCAUUAAGGAUACCAUUACCCUAAAAGUAAGCCUUUUUUGCUCUCCAUUUUGACUUGCAAGAAUAAUACCUCAUAAGCUCAAUUUGAUUUUGCUGGGGUUUUUUUGGUUAGGUCUUUCUUAGUGUUAUGUAAAUGUAUGCUGCAAUAGCUUUUGCUGCUAAAUAAAUGGUAUUGCAGAUAUCAUAGUACUUUAUCAGGCUAGGGUUAUAAAGAAAUGUGGAGCAUAAUGCUGCUGGGAAAAAAAUGCAGUAUAGCAUGGAGAUAGCUCCAGAGGAAGGUCAGUAGAUUUGACUGCAUGUUUACUUAACCAGGUUGCUGCAUGCAAUAAAUUUGUGUAUCAUGUCUGUUAUAUCUGCUGACAACCUGCCCACCAAUGCACAAAAAAACUAUGUAGGCUACAGAAAAAAAAUUCAGUAUGAGAGAAUUGGCUAAUAACUGGAGGAAGGCAUGCCUCUAUUGUAAAUGCUUAUGGAGUUUGAAUCUGUGUCCAUUAAAGCAUUACAAAUAUCACAAAUACAUAUAGAUGUAGGAUAUUUUUGAAGUUAUGUUGAUGGUAGGUGAAGUACUCUGCGGUGAUCACUUAUUGUGCAAUUUUUAUGUAGUUAAGUUGAUUAUGUAUAGUACUGUGAUAAAAGUAACCGUUGUAAUGUCUGACAUAGAAGUAAGUGAUGCUUCAUAACCAGUGUAUUAACAAAGUGAGCUCAGUUUAAAAAAAAAUUCUGCUGCUUGCACCAUUUACAUAGCUUCAGACCUUGUCCAGAAAACCAAAGAGCUCAUACACUACCAAUAUGUUUGUCGGAUUGACAAGUAGGCACAUUAGGAAAGGAAACUAAUGCUAAAGAACUGUCUGCACAAAGUCAAAAUGGAGAUGUCUGCUUUCUGGUUCAGAAUAAACUCCCCAAAUCCCUGGUUAUAUCCUGCAAAGCUUGAAUUCUAAUAAGAUCUGCUAAUUAGUGGAUAUUUUUUAGCAUGUAUAGUGGGGCUGCAGAUUUCAACCAAACACAGGCUAAGUGUACCGACAGUGGGGGUUUGUACACAGUGACCUUCAGCAGCUCUGGGGACAAUCUGACUGGAUAUGACACCGCAUAGUAGAUUUGAUACUAAUUGUUGAGUCAUUUGUGUGUUGUGAUGUCCUGUUUGUGUCCAGUAAGUCUUUAUUUUCUUUUUUAGUUUAUUUUUCAGUGUUUAGUUGCAAAUAUUGGCAUUGAAAUGGAAUUUUUUUUGAAAAAGAAGAAGAAAUUACUUUUUUACUGGUAAAUCGCUUAUUAUCCCUUUGGAGGUUAACUUCUGGGCUUUUUGUGAUAUUGCUUUCUUGCCCAGGCAUGUUUUUCUAUGUUUUUUCAUUAUCUGUAUAAGACAUUUGUUAUGCACUACUUUUUGUAUCUGGACAGUUUUCAACAGUCAGCUGAUUUUUUAAGGCGUGCUUUCUGACUGACAUGAUCUUUUGCAAUACCUCAAUUUUGAAAUAUAGGAAAGAAAUUGAUAUUUUCUAAGUAAGUUUAUUCUAAAAAUAUAUAUUAAUUUAAUUCUGCAAGGAAAUGAUUUAACAGAUGGGUAAUUUUAUUUUUUUCAUGCUUAUUUGCUUUUUGGAAACUGAAGGAGCUAGAGCUUUAUAACUUUAAUAUGGAGAAUUGUAGUUAGCUACAGUACAAGACUUUAAAAAGAAUCUACCUAAAUGUGGAAAAGUGAACAUUUAUAAACCGUUUUCCCCUUAUAUAGUUUAAUGUAUGAAUUUAAAAGCUGGAAUGUAAAGAAAUAGUUAUUAAAAAAAAACGGCUUGGGAUAGACACAUCUCCAUUGGUGCUGGAAGCUGUUAGAAAGUGAAACUAAAAUAUUUUUCACUUAAUUUGUGUAUUUAUCAUUAAUCCUUUAAGGCCGACUGACCAGAAUUGUGAAAGAAUUCUUCUGUUCAUGUUAUUUUUGUAUGAAUAUCCUUUUUAUGUUAAGUUAUAACAUGCCCCAAUUUGUUUACUUGUUAAUGAAUAUAAAUGAGGUCCUUCAGAUUGAGAAUGUUAUUUCUAAGGUGUUCAAAUUGUAACUUAAUAAGAGCCCCUUGGUGCAUCAGGUCCAUACGUGGCCUUCUGUUGUUGGAGACUUGAAUUAGUCAAUUUUGAAGGCUAACUUAACCUCAACUCUUUGUUGUAAUGUGCAAUACUGUUUGUACUGUUUGUAAAAAAAAAAAAAUCAAAAGCAUAAAUCUUUAUUGAAGAUUUAUUUUCAUUGCAAACUUUAGACAUCGUGAUUCACUAAAUCAUUUUUCUACUGUCAAAUGUGUACCUUUCUUCAUGCUAGUAUUUUUUCAAUAGCAAUGUAGCCUUUGUACUGAUACAAAUAUUCAUUGUUAUUUUUAGAGAUUUUUGCUAAAACCAGAGGAUUUAAACAUAUUUACAUAUUUUUCAUUUUUUAGUUAUUUUUCUUUACAGACUGCUUUUCUGACCAUAGUCAUUUCUGGGAGAGACUUUCAUAUCUGGUCAAUGUCCAAUAUUAUUUUGUAUUUUUACUUGGAAUAAAUUAAUUUUAUGAUGCUAAUUCUUUAAAGUUUAUUUUCAGUUUUGUUAUUUUUGGAGCUGAAACAUUUGUAAUAUUGUUACUAAAGUGUCUAGUUUUGAAAUGCAAAGCUUCAUGUAUUAACUUGCUGAAGUGGUUUACAGUAGUGUGGUAAUGACACGGCUGACAAUGUAGAGUGAUUGUAAUUGAAUGAAUGGGCAAUAAAAUGAUCAGAAUGGAGCAGACAAAA